CGGCAUCGGGACCGAGGGGUGCCCCCGGGAGGACCAUCGCUAAGGGGCAGGCUCGGGGUUUUAAAACGACGCACGGAGUUGGCCGAGCAGGUGCGACGACAUGACGGUGCUCGUGGCCCCGUGGCCUUUGUCGACCGUUAGACAUCCCCGCGGUCUGGAAGGCUGGGACCCGACCCACCGGAGUGACCGGAAGUGCCUGGAUGUGCUGAGACAAAGCGCGUUUGCACCUUUAGGUCGUGAAAAUGGCCAUUACAGAGAAAAAGAAACACGAACAUUCAGAGUGGCCCCUGUUUGUAACCCCAGAUAAACUUUGCAUCUAAUAACAGGACAGGCCGACAGCGGAGAAACAAGAUGACCCCCUCUGACCCCUUCCUUCCAAGGCGGGCCGCAGGGAGCAGGAGCCUGGUGUGGGCAGAGUUCAGAUGAGUUGGAUGGCGCUCUGGAAGGGCCGCAGGCAGCCCCAAAGCCUGGCGAUGGCACCAAAGGCCAAGAAAGGAUUGAGAGGCUCCAUUGAUGACGUCCUUGAGGACCUCCUGGGGGAUGAGCCGACACUACCUGAGAAGCCUGUGAAACUGGCGCCACAUGCCAGAGAUAAGACAGGCAUCGCCCAGGCGCUCCCUUCCGCAAGGGCGAGGACAGAGUCCCUCCUGGAAUACGACGCCUUUGGCACCAUGGCCGACCUGGCAGGAACUGAGGCUGAGGAUUCCGACAUCUCAGAUGCAGACCCGCAGGCUUUGCUCCAGGCCAUGAAGGAUCUGGACGAGAUGGAUGCUGACCUCUUGGGUCUGAAGACGUCUCCUCGAGCCCCUCACAAAGGCGCCACCAAGGGUUCUGGGAAAGAAGAGCUGCCGAGCAGCCCCCAGCCCGCCGCUCCGCUCACCGCCCAUGAGAAAGGGGAUGCCAUUCCCACCAAGAAGCCCGCCCCCUCUCCCAGCAGCUUUGGGCAUCAAUACAAGAAGUUUUCUUUCGAAGACUCGGAAGACCCGUUGGCGGGACUUCUCUCCGAUGAUGAGGAAGGAACCACCAGGAAGCUGCCUGGGACAGAGAGCAAAGCGGUUCCUGAAAAGAGCCCAGCCCCAACCAGAGACCAAGGUCCCUCCAUUCCCCUCACUCCUGGGGACACCCCCGUCCGGAAGAAAGAAGAGCUGCUCUUUGACGAUGAGGACGACCUCAUGGCCGCCCUGGGGUUUGGAGACAGCCCCAGAGCAGAGAGGAGGCAGCCAGGAGACCAGGAAGGGCCCCGCCCUGCUCGCUCCAAGCUGGAUGAGCUGCUGGGUCGAGGCGCGGCCACCACACACCUGGCUCGUCUGGGCACCGGGGAGCCCCUGGAGCUCAAGCUGGACAGGAAGUGCCAGAGGCCAGAGGACAAAGAAGACACCUGGGCCAACGGGGACUUCACCUUUGGGGCCUAUCAGCCCACCGUGGGCUCCUCCGAGGGCCGGCAGUCCCGCCGGCAGCCAGGCAGGUUCUUUGCAGAAGAUGGCAUAGACCUCAAGGGAGAACCAGGCUCCAAGCAGGCGGCCCCAGCGACCACCAGCCCCUCCCCACCCAGGAAGGGAGGGGCUGACUGGUUGGGCCUCAAGGAUGAAGAUGAGGACCUGCUCCCUCCCUCUCCCACCAGAGAGCCUCGCAGGAGAGGCUCCGCACUCCCGACACCCUCCGUGCCCCAUCCCGAGAGACAGCCUUCUGCCCCAGGCCCGCGCUCUGCCCCAGCUGGGCUGCCCCUCUCCUCCCCCGGGGCACAGCCACCACCCAAGGGUGCAGAUCCCCCUGCCAAAGCCAGCCGGCCUUCCCAGCCGGGAGUGUCUGCGGAGAAAGAGGAGGAGGACUGGCUGAGCCAUGCCUUGUCUCUGAAGAAGGCCCGAGACCUGGCCAGAGAAGAGCGUGCUGCGGCCUCUAAGGGCCAGAUCUCGGUGGGGGCAGCGGGCCAACCCCCUUCCAGCAGGGGUUUGGACUUGGGAGGAGAAUUCCUUGGCCAACCGGUUGCGAGCCCGCGAGGGCUCGAGCCAGCAGCUGCUGGAGGGACCGCAGGACCCGCAGCACUAAAGCCGCCUGGCCAGCCUGCCGCCUCGGGGGCCCCCGUGACUUGGAACCCAGCCUCCUUGGCCCUCUAUGCAGGCGACUUAAAGAAGGACACAGUCCCUGGAGGCCUCUCUGGCACUGAGCCUGCAGUGCGUUUCCUGAGCUCCCAGGAUCCCACAGGGCCUGCUGGGCCGGUCCAGGUAGGGAAGGCGGACAGACAGGCACAGUCCCCGCUGCUGGGCGCAGGGUACCAGCAGCAGCUCCUGGCCGCGCAGGUGCAGCUUCAGAGUGGCACCGCCCAGCUCCAGGCGGAGCUUCUGCAGAGCCAGGCUCGGCUGGCAGAGCUGGAGGCCCAGGUACGGAAGCUGGAGCUGGAGCGGGCCCAGCACAAGCUGCUGCUGGAGACUUUGCAGCAGCGACACCAGGCCGACCUGGAGCUCAUCGAGAAUGCUCACAGAAGCCGCAUCAAGGUGCUAGAAACUUCCUACCAGCAACGGGAAGAGCGGCUGCGGAGAGAGAACGAGGAACUGUCUGCCCAGUACCUGUCGCACUGCCAGGCGGCCGAGCAGGCCCGGGCCGAGCUCACCACCCAGCACCAGCGGCGCUUGGCGGCCGCUGAGCAGGAGAAGGACCAGGAGGUGGAGCGGCUGCGGCAGCUGCAGCGGGCCUCCAUCCUGGAGAUGCGCAAGGACCACGAGGAGCAGCUACAGCGGCUGAAGCUGCUGAAGGACCGAGAGAUCGACGCCGUCACCAGUGCCACUUCCCAUACGCGGUCCCUGAAUGGCGUCAUCGAGCAGAUGGAGAAGUUCUCCAGCAGCCUGAACGAGCUGUCCUCCCGUGUGGAGGCCUCGCACCUCACCACCGCCCAGGAGCGGGAGCUGGGCAUCCGGCAGCAGGACAAGCAGCUCCGAGCGCUGCAGGAGAGGCUGGGCCUGCAGCAGCGGGACAUGGAGGAGGAGCGGAGCCGGCUCCAGCAGGUCAUCGGGAAGAUGGAGGCCCGCCUGAGCGAGCAGAGCCGGCUGCUGGAGCAGGAACGCUGGCGGGUGAGUGCCGAGCAGUCCAAGGCCGAGUCCACGCAGCGCGCCCUGGAGGAGCAGAGGAAGGUCCUGGCCCAGCAGACGGCCAUGGAGCGGGAAGAGCUGGAGAGGGCCAAGAGUGCCUUGCUGGAGGAGCAGAAGUCCGUCAUGCACAAGUGUGGGGAGGAGCGGCGGCGCCUGGCGGCCGAGUGGGCCGAGUUCUUCACACAGCAGAAGCUGAGUAAAGAGAGGGCCGAGCGAGAGGUGGAGUGGGCGCUGCAGGUGGACGCCCAGCGGGAGGGCACCCUCAUCAGCCUGGCCAAGGAGCAGGCAGAGCUGAAGAUCCGGGCAAGUGAGCUCCGGACCAAGGAGGACCAGCUGGCGGCCGAGAGAGAGGCUCUGGAGCGGGAACGGGAAGAACUGCGGCGGGAGAAGGAGCGGGUCAGCGCCGCCGCCCUGCGCGUCAGGCUCCGCUCCGAGGAGAUGGACAAGAUGAGCCAGGUGGCCUCGGAGAAGUACCAGGAGGGGGAGCAGGCAUUGCGGGAGGCCCGGCAGGUGCAGUCAGAGCAUCAGGCCCGGCUACAGCUGGUGCAGCAGCAGCUGGAGCGGCUGCAGCAACAGGAGCAGCACAUGCACCAGGAGCGUCUGAGUCUGGCCCAGCAGAGGCUGCAGCUGGACCAUGUCCGACAGGACCUGCCCUCUGGUCCCGUGGGGCCACUCGCCCAGGCCCAGGGCCUGGCAGCCUCCGGCCCGAGUGCCUUUUCAGCCAUCAUGGCUCCUGCUCCCGCCAAUCCUCAGGGCAUCCAGCCAUCAGCCACCCUGGGCUCCUCGCUUCGCCACACCAAGCUGGUGCUGCUGCAACACACAGCCGAGCAGGACCAAGACUUCUUGGAGAAUGAACAGUUCUUCCUGGAGACCCUGAAGAAAGCCUCCUACAAUAUGACAUCCCACUCAGCCUAAAGGGCCCUGCUGCCUCCUCAACAGAAGACUCGGACCCUGGCACUCUGUCCUAGCGCCCCCUGGCUGCCAGCUCCAGGGAGGGGUGCCCAGGGAAGGCUCUGAGAUGCCCAGGGCCUGAUAACAACUCUUCAAGUAGAUAGGGUAUAAGGGCAUUCCCACCACACCACCGCAGCUGAGGCAGGCAGGUGCCCCCAGGCCUCGGGUUUGACAAUGGCCUCUGGGGAGACACAAUGCUGAGUGUCUCUGCCCCCAGACACUGUCAGCUUCAGCUUUGGUUCUCUGGACCCCUCCCCUUGUCAGUAGGCAGGUGGUUGAGGGAUCUUGUCACCUGGGCCUCUUCUGAGGCAGGGGGUCUUCUCCAGGGAUGCCCCGAGCAGCCUCCUGCCCUCCCACCUGAGGCCAGCAGAGACAGCACAGGGCCCCCUCCCUAAUGGGGACGUGGAGGCGGACCACGUGUUUUGAAGGGCCUCUGUCCUCUUGGCCAUGGGUGGGGGUGCAGGGGCAGGAGAGGGUGGGAAUCGCAAUUACUUGUGAAUUACUUGGAAGGAACAUGUCCUGGUGAGCACGAAGGCAGAGGCGGCGAGCUGAGUGGGCCCUGAGCAGGCAGUUUGUGUGUCUGUCGCAGAACAGCUUUCGGGGGAACUUACUUGUUUACCCACAAUCUACAGCCUUCAUCUUGGACCCAUUAAAUUGCUAUAUGUUUUUUAAUCCAA